AUGUCGACCACGCACCUUGUUGCAGAAAGCAAUCAACCUUUCCCUUCUCAUCGAUUUUCGCAGAAUGCUUUCAAGACGAGAGAAGAUGUCAUUGAAGCGUGUAAAGCACUUCUCGAUCCGCUAGAAGCCGGCUUUUCGAAAGAGAGGGCUUUGGUCAGAGUUGGUGGAACGGGAACGAAAUUUGACGAGACCGCUGCCCAAAUCGAAGGCUUCGCUCGGCCACUCUGGGGUCUCUCCUCUCUCCUCGCCAGCGGUGACCCUUACCCAAACCAUGCUCUCUGGCUCCAAGGCCUCAUCUCUGGCACCGAUCCUUCCUCGCCAGAAUUCUGGGGCCACAUGCAAGAUCUCGAUCAACGAAUGGUAGAGUCUUGUCCUAUUGGCUUCACGCUCGCCAUUGCAGGCUCGAAAUUCUGGACUCCUUUGACAGAUGCCCAGAAACGAAAUGUCGAAAACUGGAUCGGGAGCAUGAAUGACAAGGAGAUGCCAAAUACGAAUUGGCUCUGGUUCCGCGUGUUUGCGAAUCUAGGAUUGAAAGCCAAUGGAAGUGAAGCAUACAACAUGGAACGCAUUCGAGCUGAUGUCGAACAUCUUGAUACGUUCCAUCGAGGCGGAGGGUGGAAUAAUGAUGGGCCUGGAGAGUGGUAUACACAGAUGGAUUACUAUUCGGGCUCGUUUGCGAUUCAGUUGCUGCAACUGCUAUAUUCGAAAUUGGCAAGAGACUUCGAUGCCGAAAGGUGUGAGCUUUACCGACAUCGAGCGAGGGAAUUCGCGCUGGAUUUCGUGCAUUAUCAGGAUCCGAUAUCUGGACAUUCGAUUCCGUUUGGAAGAAGUUUGACCUAUCGAUUCGCGACCAUUGCGUUUUGGUCUGCGUUUGCGUUUGCAGAUGUUGAACCGCCGGAGCCGUUGAGUUGGGGGAUCAUCAAGGGACUGAUCUUGAGAAAUCUACGCUGGUGGAGUCAGUUCCCUCACAUUUUCCAGCCAAACGGCAUGCUGAAUAUCGGUUACACGUACCCGAACUACUACCUCGCGGAAAACUACAACUCUCCAGGCUCGCCUUACUGGUGUAUGCUCGCAUUCCUCUGCCUCGCAGUCCCGAAAGAACAUCUUUUCUGGUCUAGCGACGAAGAAGCCCAUCCAUUACAUCCACAGAAUGGGUCUUCUUUGAUCCCCUCAAUCAAAGCUUUACAACAACCCAAACACAUCCUCAUCAACAGCGGCUCGCACACAUACCUCCUCUCCUCCGGCCAAAAGUGUCACUACCCACUCAAAUCCACUCAAGCCAAAUACGGCCACUUCGCAUACUCGGCUUCAUUUGGCUACUCUGUCCCUACAGGCUCACAUACCCUCGAACAAUUCGUUCCCGAAAGCGCAUUGGCCUUUUGCGAUGAGCCAGAGGGAGAAUUGUGGAAAUUGAGACGGGAUGUUGAAGAUGCAACGAUCCUCAAAGUCCCCAUCAAAAUCCCCGGAAGCGAACAAGUUAACGAAAUUCCAGUCCUAAGAUCUGUCUCGCGACCCUGGAAAGACGUCAAAGUCACCACCUGGCUCAUUCCUCCCACAAGCCCAGAAUACGCAAACUGGCACAUCCGCGUUCAUCGUGUCGAAACGGGGAGAUGGCUACAGUCCGCCGAAGGAGGUUUCGCGAUCAAGGGAACGAAUGAGGUUGAUGGAAGAUUCCUUUUACCUUUUGCGGAGGAUACCUCAACAGCAGCGAUGGCGUAUCAAGGUGGAACUCAAACGACUCCAAAUUCUGCCCUUAUUGUAUCUCCUCGUGCUGGCGUUUCUGGUGUUGUGGAACUCCUUAGUUCAUCUUCUCGAUCAGGCAAAGUCAUCGAACCUGAUGCUAAUAGUAACCUCAUUGAAGCGAGGACGCUUUUGCCGACUUUACAUCAGGAUUUAGAGCCUGAGUCGGUGACGAUCUUCGCUACUGGGGUGUUUGCGAUUCCAGGACAGAAUUUGGAGAAUUGGCAAGGAGGAGACUGGAAAGCUGCGUGGGAGAAGAGACCUGUGGUGCCUGAGGAGAUUUUGGAUGAGGCGCGGAAGGGGUUGUGA